ACAGCUGAUCGCAUCUGUCACACUGACAGCUCGAGAAGAGAGCUGGUAAUCGGCAUCCCUCAGAAGGGGCAUCUACACUGAUCAUCAGGGCACUGAUGUUCAGUGUGCACUGAUGAUCUGUGUAGACCCAGCAGUGCCACCUGUCAGUGUCCAUCAGUGCCAGCUGUCAGUGCUCAUCCAUGCCACCUGCCAGUGCCACAUUUCAGUGCCUACCAGUGCACAUAAAUGCCAUAUAUCAGUGCCCAUCUGAGCUGCCUUUCAGUGUCACCCUUCAAUGCCAGUCAGUGCCACCUAUCAGUGCCCAGCAGUUCUGCCUAUCAGUGCCGCCUAACAGUGCCAGUCAGUGCCACCUCUCAGUGCCACCUAUCAGU